GUCAAAACAAAGCAGCUGUUUAGCUCCGCUGCUGCGACCAGAUUAAAAAACCUUUAACUGAUUAUUUGUACCGUUAAAUUAACAGUAAAUCCAUGCUCCGGUGUUUCUCUUCGGUCCUUUGAAGUUGAGCUGUUUUAACGGUCGUUUCUUUCGGAAGCUGUUGAGGAUUUUAUAGGAGCUGUUUGUGUUCUCGAUUUGGAGGCUAACGGGCGGAGGCUGAAAACACGGGGAAACUGUGAGGAAUACAAAAGAAAACAAGGGGGAAAGGGGGGGAGAUAGAAAACAAGGGGGAAAGGUGAUACAUAUAGGUGGAAACACGAGAAAAACUGAGAGAAAUAGAGGUGGGGAAAGGGUGAAAAUAGUGUUCGAAAUCACGGGAAAACGGUUCAAAUUGAGUCGGGAAAACCGUGAGAAUCAGAGGCAGAAAACUGAAAAAUAGAAGUUGUAAACAAGACACAAACGGUGAAAAUCGAGACUGAAAACAGGGACCAACGGUUAAAAUAGAGACCGAAAACACAGACAAACGGUUAAAAUAGAGAUUGAAAACAGGGACCAACGGUUAAAAUAGAGACUGAAAACCCUGAAAAACUGUGAACAAUUGAAGCUGUAAACAAGGAUAAACGGUGAAAAGAAACCACGGGAACACAGUGAAAACCAGACUCCAAAAUCAGCGGUUGUCCUGGCUAACUUCCCCCGGAUUACCCCCUCUUGUCCCCGGAUGAUGAUGGUGGAGUGAACCGGCCUCUCCCGGUUCUCUCUCCCCGGGUUUAGAGCACCAUGGCCCCGGUUUCUCUGGUGGCCGCCUGCCGCAGCCUGGCUCUCUCCACCUGGCUGCUCUCCUUCUGCUUCGUCCACCUGCUGUGUCUCGACUUCACUGUGGCCGAAAGAGAGGAGUGGUACACGGCCUUUGUGAACAUCACCUACGUGGACCCGGCCACCUCGGAGCUCCGGACCGAGAAGACUGAGUGCGGUCGCUACGGCGAGCACAGCCCGAAAAAAGAAGCCAGAGGGGUGGUGGUUCUUCCCGGAGGUCCACAGGACCGGCAGGCCUGCGACCCAAACACCCGCUUCCUGGUGCCCGGUCCGGCCGCCUGGGUGGCUCUGAUCGCCCGGGGAAACUGCACCUAUAAGGACCAGAUCCGCCAUGCAGCCGCUCAAAACGCGUCCGCGGUGGUGAUCUUCAACGUGGGCUCCAUCAACGCCAACGAGACCAUCACCAUGCCCCAUCCAG